AUGGCAGAUGAAUCAUCGAAUAAUAUUAAUGUAUCUUCAUUAGAUGAAAGUGUCAUUAACUUGAAUGAUGACCUUCCGAGGGAGUCUUCAGAGCACUCCUUUAGUUCAGUUGAUCCACCUGUUUCAAACAGCACAAACCAACGCGCAUCCCACUCACAUAGAAGAACUGGCUCUUUAACGUCAUAUAGAAGGAGCAUAGAUAAUGAAAGUGUUGUGCUGUCGGGGACUUUCUUUACAGCCGAUGAUAAAGCAGCGGUAUAUUCACCAUUGGGUCCAAAUUCAAUAUAUGAAUUGACAGUGGGAUCUGACCAUGCAAGAACUAGAAAAAAUCGGGCACCAAGGACGUCGGUGAAAUUAAACGGUGGCACGACUGUUGUGUCCAAUAUACAUACACCAACGUCACAGGAUAUUCCUCAAAUACAGCUAGAGAGAUUGAAGAAGAAAGUUUCAAACCGCCAACUCGAGCAUCGUUUUGUUGAUGACAUUGUUGAUGAAUACAAAAAGUUUGAAGAAAGCUACAAGGCAUUGACAGAGGAAUCCUUACGCAAGCUUUCCAACUCAAACAAUAGUACCGUUUCCGCCUUUUCUUCUGUUGAACACAUCGAUCUGACAAGUCUGCUAUCGAAUGUUCCCGAGGUGUUUCUUGAUCCCGAUUUUAAACUUGAUGAUCCAAGGACAUUUAAAAAAGUUUUGGAAAAUACAAAUCUCAAGUUGGAAGAAGACCAUAUUAUUAAUGACACUGGAUUGCAGGAGAAAUUUUCAAACUACUUAGACAUUGUUGAAUUAAACUUGAUAUCAGAAAUUGAGAAGUCAUCGGACUCAUUUUUUGAUGCAAUUGGUGAUAUUGAAAAGAUUCAGACGAAAUCGGAAGAUUGCGUGCAAGAUUUUAAAAAGUUGAUGCUGAAGUUUGAUUCUCUUGAGAAAAACCAAGCAAAGAAAGGGUUGAAGAUCCUAGAGCUGAUGCUCCGAAAGCAAAAUGUGGAGUCGCUAGAGAGGGCAACCAUUCAACUUCAGUACAUCACCACAAUAUUCCAGCUAGCCAAUAUAUCAUUCCGGGAAAAUAAUUAUUUCAAGUGCUUGAAUGAGAUUGUUGCAACAGAAGCUUUAAUUGCAGGAGUGACAUCUGAAAAUGUGGAAGAUCCAGAAGUAAGGCGAAUAUACCCACAUAUAAAUGUAUCAAAUUUGAGCAAUGUACCAGCGUUAAUCCAUUUACGAAAUGAUCUACAAACGCUUAAAACUGACUGCUCAAAGAAGUUUACCGAUGACUUUGUUGAGCUUCUUUUGAAUGACCUAAAGUCGCAUUACCAAAGAGUGCCAUCGAGAGACACGCUAAACCGAAUGUAUUCGAAGAUGGACAGCUCGAGAAAAUAUGCAUCCAAUCCAAUCAACACGUCGUAUCUUGACCUAGACGAGAGUCUUAAACAAAAUUUGAGAGAGUAUGUGGGGUAUUUGGCAAAAGCAGGUCAAUUAGUCAAUGCAUACACGGCUUAUCAAAACCAAUUCAUAGGUGAGAUUAAAAACAUUAUCAAACAGAAUCUCCCUACCCAAAAGGCAGAAGACUUUUCUCAAACAUCAACCGAGAGCUCGCCUGGCCCUAAUCAAACCGAAAACAAAACCAACCCGCUCAGUGCCAACAUCAAGAUCCUUACGCCUAAGGAGUUUGAAAGUAUGCUUGCAGAAACAUUUGCACAAUUGUCAGAAUGUUUGCGACGGUUAUCAGUUCAUCAAAAGCUUUUACUUGACGUUGCGCUCACGGCAAUCCCUCCUACAUCCGAUGUCAAUAUCAUGUCGUUGGACAUCACGAAAGCAAUUCACAAAGCGAUUGAAUUGACACAAAUUCGGUUGAUGAAAGUAAUGAAUGUACGUCAAGAGCAAAUAACUGAUUUACCACUUUCACUUUAUCUUCGUCUAUAUUCGAUAACGUCAGCUUACUUGAAUGAAUGUGAAAUGAUAAAUCCGGCAUUUGAGUUUACAGGAGCUGGAAAUGUGUUGAAGGAAUGGUUUCCUAACAAAUUGGUCUAUUAUAUACAUAGGCUACACAAUAACCUCAGCAGACUGGCUGCCAAGAGUUGUAUGAGUGAAACCUGGAAAGUUUUGGACGACCCUAAGAUUUUGCAACCAGCACAAAUGGCGUUGAAUGAAAUUGCAGGAUAUACCGAAUUUAUUCAGUCAAAUGGAGGCAAAGGCUUUUCUGGAUCCGAGUGGUUAGCCAAUAUGGAUUUUUACGAUAGUGGAAUCUUGGUCGAAGGUAACAAUAGAACUGAAUCCUCAGCCACCAAAUUGGAUAUUUAUGGAGACGAAUUCAUGGUUCCUAAUUUAGCCGUCGUGGUGCUGGGCCAUGUCAAGGAGUAUAUGGCUGCAUCUAAAGCAUUCCCCAGUCACGCUGUCUCAAUUGAAAGUAACCUAUUGAUUUAUUUCAGAGACUUGAACUCGAGAGUGUCGCAAGCUGUGUUGGGAGCUGGUGCUACAAGGACUGCAGGACUAAAGCACAUUACAACAAAGCAUUUAGCACUUUGUACCCGAUUCAUUGAAUUCAACAUAGCCUUACUAAGUGUUUUACAAGGUGGAUUUAAGGAAGCUCCUGAGCAAAAUGAGCAAUUGACGUUCAAGAAAAUGAUUGCUGAUUAUAAAAGCCAUGAAACUGAAUUGUUUGCCAAGGUCAUUACUAUUAUGGAAGAGAGGACAGUUCUGAGCUGUAACAAAUUGCCAGAGAUAAACUGGACUGACCCAGUCAAGCAUCCACAACAGUGUCAUAGCUAUAUGGAAAGUCUUGUGAGGGAUACGUUGACUGUGGCUAAGGUUUUGAUGAGAUAUUUACCAGAGGCGAAAUAUUCAAUAAUCCUUCUGCGAAUUUUUGACAAUUAUAAACGUCUUUUUGUCGAAACUUAUUGUACAAGGAUUCCACCAUUUAGGGACUUUAAUGAGAAGCACAAUGUGCUUCGAGAUGUUGAUUAUUUCAGGGUGAAAUUAAGCGAUAUAUCGGGCUAUAAGAACUCAGGGCAAGUGAUUUGGGAAAAUGUCAAUCUGAUGCCUACGGAAGAAGACACGAAGAUGGACGAGGUGAUGCGAAACAAUGCAAGUGUUGAGUCUAAACGAGAAGAGCCAGCUGCUAAGCUGAAAACCACAUUUGAACGACUUGUUACUUCUGCUAGAAGCUCGUUUGAGAGGAGCCCAGCUCCGAAACUGGAAACUACUAUUGAGCCUACACAUUCUAGCAGUAGUAGUAGUAUCAAAGGAGAAGAUAAAGGGGUAGAUGAGACUGUUUCAAAAGAGGUUGAUAGUAAAGGCAAGUCUCCAGAUGGCUCAAAUGUUCUCUUUGAUGCCGAGUUUGUGGAUGACCAAGAGGAGAAGGAUGGGACUCCAGAGGUGGUGGAUAACGGCGUAGAAGACUCAAAGGAGGAAGUAAAUUCAAACUCAACUACUGGGGCUAAAGUUGGAGAGAGUAAUGAGGUUGAUGACGCCAAUCUUAUAAAGGGCACUGUUCAAGUGGAUGAAGAGAACAAUAAUCUCGAGCCAAACUCAAGUGUUAGUGAGAGGGUGAGUGACAAAAAAGCAGAUGAGUUUGAAAAGCUUCCUGAUAAACCAGAUUCCAAUGCUGCCAUUAAUGAGACUGUACAAAUAAACGAUAAAGAUGUGAAAGAACCUGCUCAUGGUGAAUUCACCAGUACUGUUGAGGAGCCUGCAACUGAAAAGACCAAUUCAGAAAACAAGGAAAUUGAUAUGGUUAAUGAUGCCACUUCUAAAGAAAGUUUACAACAAGUAGACUCGGUCAUGCAGUCUGGCAAUCCAAAUUCAGAUUCGAAGGGUAAGGAAGAAGAUGACAAAGAGACAGUAGAUUUGAAUAACGUUGAAUAUUCAGUUUCAGCCAAUUCAGUUGUAGCCAAUGGAUCCAUCGAGAAUGAGGAUGCAAGUGUGAAUGCAAUGACUGAGAUUCACGAUUCUGUUGGGGAGAUAAUAGGCGCAGAUAAUUCUAAUGCACUUAAAUCUGGCCUGGAGCAAGUUAGUAAGACUGCGCUGACUGAAUUAGAAGAACCAAAGGAGGAGAAGUCUACAAAGGAGGAAGGGUCCAUACAGAAAACUGAGCCUUCAAGGGAAAAUCAUAAUGUGGAAAAGAAUGCACCGGAACAAGAGUCUGUAUCUGAAAGUGAGGUUAAACCUGCAACAGAUAGCCAGUCUACAGAGAAGGAUGAAAAAGAAACUGCAAAAGAUGUACUGGUAAAUGAGGAGAACAAUAAGAAGGAGUCGAUAAAUAACCAAACCAUUAAUCCUGAAUCUGAGAAGAAGAAGCCUUCUGAUAAUAAUUCGUCAAACAAGUCUAAGAACAAGUCAAAGAACAAGAAGAACAAGAGAAAGAAAAACUAG